CGGAGGGGAGCAAGCUGGAGCCAGCUGGGGGAGGGGGUGUCGGCGCACCGUGGAGUGCAGCGCUCUGUGAGCCCGGCACCCGGAGUAGCCGCCUCCCCCUCCCCCUGGCAAGGCCCCUGGAGUCCCUUCUCAUCUGUCCUUCCUGGGCUGGGGCGAGUGGGGCUGCGCUGUCCCAGGCCGGCGGGGCGGAGCCCGGAGCCCCACUGAGCGCUGCAGAGCGAACCUCACCUCCUUUCCAGGGCGUAAGUGUGAGCCACUGCCCCAUGUUGUGUUGAUGCUGGUCUGCCAUGCUCGCCUGUCUGCCAGGGCCAGGUGACCUGUCCUUUCAGCUUCUUUCUCACACGCAGAUGAACACUGGACUUCAGAAAUGGGACACUACACAGAAAAUGAGAACUGCUCACUAUCCUACCCCAGCCGAAUUGGACGCGUAUGCUAAGAAGGUCGCAAACAACCCACUGACUAUAAAAAUCUUCCCCAACAGUGUGAAGGUUCCCCAGCGGAAACACGUUCGUCGUACUGUGAACGGCCUCGACACAUCAGCCCAGCGCUACAGCCCCUACCCGACUCAGGCUGCCACCAAGGCAGGCCUGCUUGCCAUUGUCAAAGUGCCAGCCAAAAGCAUACUCAAGGACUUUGACGGCACCCGAGCCCGGUUACUCCCUGAGGCCAUCAUGAACCCCCCAGUGGCACCCUAUGCUACUGUGGCACCCAGCACUUUAGCUCACCCCCAGGCCCAGGCUCUGGCCCGCCAGCAGGCCCUGCAGCAUGCACAGACCCUGGCCCAUGCCCCUCCCCAGACGCUGCAACACCCUCAGGGUAUCCCACCACAGGCACUGUCUCACCCUCAGAGCCUCCAGCAGGCUCAGGGCCUGAGCCACCCUCAGCCCAUGGCCCAAACCCAGGGCUUGGUCCACCCUCAGACCCUGACUCACCAGGGUCUCCAGCACCCCCCUAAUCCUUUGCUGCAUGGAGGCCGGAAGAUGCCAGACUCAGAUGCCCCCCCGAAUGUGACCGUGUCUACCUCAACUAUUCCCCUUUCAAUGGCGGCCACUCUGCAGCACAGCCAGCCCCCGGACCUGAGCAGCAUCGUGCACCAGAUCAACCAGUUUUGCCAGACGAGGGCAGGCAUCAGCACUACCUCAGUGUGUGAGGGUCAGAUCGCCAACCCCAGCCCCAUUAGUCGCAGUCUGCUCAUCAAUGCAAGCACCCGGGUGUCGACCCACAGCAUCCCCACACCAAUGCCUUCAUGUGUGGUCAAUCCCAUGGAGCACACCCAUGCGGCCACAGCCGCAUUGCCUACUGCAGGUCCUGUCAACCUGCCUGCAGGCAUUUCUCGAGCCCCUACUGGCUACCCUAGCGACCUCAAACCAGUCGCCUGGAACCAGCACCAGCUGGCCCACCUGCAACAGAUGUGCAGUGAGGCUGGUGGAACACCAGUCCCUGGCCUGACAGGCAAGCAUGCAGCAGGACGCGAGUUGGCAGGGCCUGGCUUUGUAAGCAAGGCCCCUGCCUACCCGCAGGAACUCUGCCUGGCACAGUCCUUCCAUUUGAAGCCACCCCUGGAGAAGCCUACCCCAUCCCCACCAGUCAACGGCCUGCCAGCACCACUGGCCUACCCCAAUGGUCACUACUUCCAACCCCUGUGGAACAACAUUCUGCCCACUCCUAAUAGCGACAGCUCGGGGUCUCAGGACCUCGCUAUGCCAUUCCAUGGUGGGCAACCCACAGGUGCACCCCUCGACUGUGCAGCAGCUUCUGGGGCCCACUACCGAGCAGGGACUGGGGGCGGUUCACUGGCAAGCCAGAACAGCUUGGUGCAAACGGUGGAUUACCUAAGUGGCGAUUUCCAGCAGGCCUGCUUCCGAGAACAGAGCCUGGUCAUGCUGAGCAAGGCCCACCGAGUCCCUGGCACCCGAGCCCCUGACCACACAGAUAGCCGAAAUCUUCAUAUUCAACACCCAGGGUAUAGAUAGGGAGCCGUGGUGCCCUCAAGCAACAUGUCAUACUACAUCGCCCUUCUAGGUUUAGUCUUUUACGUAACUGGAUAGUUUCAAAGUUUCACCUCUCCAGUGUGAUCGUCCUUAGAUAUCUAAGGAAGGGAACUUGGCAGGGUCUCUUUGGGGGCAGAAGAGGGUCCUUUAACCUUGCCCUCUAGCAUCUCUUGGUUUUUAUGUUAGAUGCUAACCCUUUUCUCUUAGCUAUCUGCCUGCCUAUUAGUCUUUCCACCUUAAACACUUGCUAAACCUCUCCCUCUUUCUCUUGGGAUUGAGGUGUGGCUGAGGAGAGUGGUCUAGGUCCCUAAGCUAGACCUGUCAAGGACUAAGAAGCCAGACUUUCCAAGUGCUCUGGAAUCUUAAAUUCUUUUUUCACCCAAAGAUGUCAAAUCAAAACAAACCAAUCUCCCCAACUGUUUCCCACUCCUCAAGGCUUUGUUUCCAUUUACAUUGCUUCCAAGCUGUUGCACUUGUCCUUGCCAAAGCCUUGAGACUUGGAGAAGAAAAUUUUUAUAUUGGCAUCUUGGUUCCCAACUCUUCAGGACAGAAAUACAGUGGGCAUCUGGCAUUCCCAAGACCUCUUGUCACUGUUGCCUCCAAACUCAACUGUUGUCCUCAUCCCUACCUUCCUUCUCCCUUUAAAAAACAAGCAAAACAAACAACUACCUUACUUGAAGAAUUAGUUAUAGGUAAAGGAUGAUCACAUUGGAGUUUGGAAUUAAUACACCAAAAAAGUUAAAAUGCAUUUGGUUCUCUCUACACUGGCUAAGAAUAUUGCUCUACACUGUACGUUUUAAAUGUCAUGUUUCUGUAUGAAUGUAGUGAGUUUGAGUAGCGUUGUGUGUAUGAGUGGCCCCACAGGUACAUUUGCCCUCUUAGUCACCUUUUGCAGCCCCUCAGUUUAACUCAAGAACGAAAGAAAAAACACAAAGCCUUAAGCUCUUUGAAUUCUUCCUCUACCAAAUGAGCAUGGUUCUGACCACUGGAGAGGGCUGCCAUUGGACACAGCCCUUCUUGCCCCUGUCCAUUCUCAGUGCAUCCAUUCCCAAGUGACAAUUAGUUGGCUAGAAAUUCAACACUUCUCUGUAACUUUAGAUUGUUUUGUUGUAGUUUUGCACCUAUCUUCUGUUUAAAGAUGCACAGUUGGGCUCUUUUUUUUAAAAAAACCAAAUAAGUCCUUGCCUUUCCUCUUGUCUUUGGGAAAUGUGAGCUGAUAAUUUAAGAUUUUGGGUUCUGUUUACUGUCUACUGUUCCUUAGCCAGAAAUUCUCUAGUGAUCUGAAACAAUGUGACUGAAGACCAAUUUUUAAAUUAUGUGUUGGCAAGUUGCCUUAUAUUUAAAAAAGAAAAAAAAAA